AUGCGGGUGGAGCUGCUGGGCAGCGCGGAGCGGGAGUACUUCCAGGUGGCAGUGCGGCUGCGAGGCGGCGCGGAGAACAGAGCCCCCUCCCUGGGCUUUGCGGCGCUGCUGGUGGCCGAGGUGGAUCAGUUCGUGCUCACCACCCUCACCCCCGACAUGCUGGCGGCUGAGGACCUGGAGAGCCCCCUGGACCUGCUCCUCUUCAGCCUCACCAUGCCCUGGCCCAGCCCCGGCGGGCGGGAAGGCUCGGGCACCAGUGAAUCCUCUGCCUAUGGGACCACAAGGUCCUUCAACAUGCUGAAACCCAGCGAGCCCAGCAAACCACUCAUAGCAGAGCCGAAGCUCAGCAAAUCCCUGCAGAAGGCCAGGAUCACAGCUUUGUUCGCACACUCCGGCGAGAAGACUGCACCAGCAGAUCCUGUGCAGAGCAGCUGCAUCUCCCCAACACUGGAUGAGCCGUACCCAUCAGACCUCGAUGCCCUGGUGCCCACCCAUGAUGAACAAGGCCACUCGAUUCCUGAGUGGAAGCGGCAGGUGAUGGUGAGGAAGCUGCAGGCUCGGCUGGAAGCAGAAGAGGGCAAGGGCAGGAAGAGCAGUGGAGGCAGUUCGGUGGAGAUGGGGGACUGGAGGUAUUCACAGGCCCACAAUGGUAUACUGGGCCCCUUCGGGGAGCUGCUGACCGAGGACGACCUACUUUACUUGGAGAAGCAGAUUGAGAAUCUGCAGCUGAGGAAGAGAUGUCAGGAGUGUGAGAGAGAGCUGGGGCGCCUGGUGGAGGAGCUACAGACCAUCCUUCCUGCCCCCAUUGUCCAUAUCACCGUCAACAGCCAACUCCUGCACCAGGAUGGCCAGGCACUCCCUAUCUGGUGCAGCCGCAUCUCUGGCAUGGUGAAGAGCAUGUCUGUGCUGCUCACUAAUGUAAACGGCCUGAGGAAGGAGGCGGACAUGCCAUCCCCUAAAGAACCAUCCGGGCCUGGUGAGGGGAAGUGCCCUGCUGGAGGCAGUGCAGAGAGGGAGAUCCUGGAGUGUGGCGUCUCUGUCAGGAAGCUGAGAGGUAAUUUUGAGAAACAUGUUCUCCCAGGACAAAGAAUGGCCUUGGAGCUCCGAGGGGUGGAGGCCACGCCUUGGGAACACUCAGGAAGGUGCUGGUCAGGUGAGGAUCUUGUUUCUCAAAAGCAGUGGAGCACCAGUAAGAGCCAGAGAAAACUAGUCUGUGAAGAACAUGCGUUUGGAGAUAUGGAGAAUGCCAGUGACUCUGGGAUCAGCUGCAAAGAGGCUUCCUCGGAUGUGAGCAGGUCUCUUGUUCCAGUGGCAGAGCCCACUAGCCUCAGGAAAGAACGAAUAGUGAUGCUCUUUCUGAGCCACUGGAAGAAAUCUGCUUACAUGCCUUCCUUGAAAAUCACGGCCAGAAAAACGCUUGAGUCCCAGAGAGUCAGGAAAAUAAGAGAGGUGGAGGCUGCUGCCGAGAUCAGAAAGGAACAGAUUCCUGAGGAGAAGCCGGUGGUGGAAAUGAGCAAACUGGGCUAUUUAAUUCAGCAAAGGAGCACCAUCAAGAACCUGAUUGGCAACUGGAAGGACAUCAUCUCUCAGGUGCCCUCACGACAGAUCCGGCGCCUGAACCGCCAGCAGGCUAUCUAUUCCCCAGAGCAGUUCCUGCCCCACGUCAAUGGGGUGCCCACCAAUUACAACAGCCUCACCCUUGACCUCUUUAUGCUUGGCUACUUCCACAUCCUGGAGCUGGACCUUCCUCAGGAGGAACGCAAGAUGAGGCACCUCCUCUGCUUCGAGGUGUUCGACCACUUGGGCAGAUACCCCUGGGAGACCGUGCGAGCCUUCCACAAGGCAGUGACUGAUGAAAUCAGUGCUGGCAAGCGAGGCUGGAAAGACAGUUUUGAGGACAUUAAGUUCAGGUUUUUUGGUAACACCAAGGACCCAGUCAGGGAGCUGGAACCAAGCAGAGCAUCAGCAGAAAGCACUCUAAAGCCAGUGUCCAGAGUUAGGGUUCGGAGCGCUGCUCUUGAGCAGGCUGGACAUGAUCCAGAAAACUGUUCUGAGCUAGGCAGCUUCAACAAUGAUGAGAUCUGCAGGUACAUUGACCGCAGCUUUGCCUUCUGGAAGGAGAAAGAAGCCGAGAUAUUCAACUUUGAGGAGUGA